AUGACCUCUCCCUCAACCCGCCGCCUCCUCAAAGAAUCAACAGACCUCCACAAGAACCCAAGUCCCUACUUCACCGCCUCACCAGUCGACGACACCAAUCUCCACGACUGGCACUUCACCCUAGUCGGACCACCCAGUCCAACCCCCUACGCAAAGGGCCUUUAUCACGGUCGAAUCACAUUUCCAGCCGCAUACCCGCUCCGACCACCUUCAUUCCGCUUCCUCACGCCCUCCGCGCGCUUCGAGAAACCUGGCAACCGGCAUGGGGGGGUCCGGACUGCGCUUCUGGCUAUUCGGAGCGAGAUCUUCAGUGGCGAGAGUAAAGGGCAGGUUGGUGGGAUGGAGGGGAGUGAGGAACUUCGACGCGAGUAUGCGGGUUUGUCGCGGGGGGAGGUCGGGGUCAAGGUUGAUGUUGAGGGGUUUGAGGGUGGUGAUGGUGAUGGUGAUGGGGAGGGUCAGGAUGAAGAGAAGGAUGGGCAAGAAGGAGAGACAGAUCCGCCGCAGGGACGGCAUGAUCUUCAUGACUCUUCAGCUGCUCCUAUGCCUCGAUCUGUGCCUGUGUCUGCACCUGAACCAGAGAUUUCCACACCUACGGAUCCCGUCACAUCUCCUCGGCCCCCGGUGUCGGACCCGGCAUCACAGUCUGUUCAGAGAUCUACAUCGGUAUCGACGCCGAGGACGAUACCAGCGGUCCCGAACUCCCCAUCUGCGUCUACACAGCUUGAUACACGCCCUCAGCCUGCACUUGCGCCUUUUUCUCCGGCCAAUAGCCCAUGGAUAGAUCGUGCUAUCAUUUGUGUGGUUGUCGCAUUAGUGAUUUUGGUCCUUCGACGAACGAUCGACGUUGACGAUCUAUAA